CCUUACUAAAAAGCCGGAAAACGUUCAUUGUACUGCUUGUAAUAAUAAUGGUAUGUGUAAAUAUUUUUUUUGUGUAUUGUAAACUUCAUACUAUGUAAGUUUUUGUUGAGUCGCUUAGUUUAAAUGAAUGAGAUUGGAGUUGACAAAUAAUUUGGAUCAAUUGUUAUUUCAAUGUAACAGUAAAGAGACGUGUGUUGACCAUAAGCCUAAUGAAUUGAAUAUUUAAAUUACUAUUCUUUUGAGACAGAUCGGAGGAUGAGACUUACCAGAGCAGUGCAAUGUUGGUGGUGGUCUGCACUGGUCUUCGCUCUAGCCGUUGCCGCCGCCACGCAUGGCUGGACACCCAGGAACGGAUCGCGUAUACAAAUAAACAGCCGGCCGGUGGACGUGUCACAGACGGUGUUUGGUCAUGGCCGAGGCCAGAGCUCUAUUAAGCUAGGAGUGCUCAAGAACCGUCUCAAGGAACCGGUGCAGUUGUCCACCACGCCAGUGGCAACCACCACUAGCACGGAGCGUUUUCGCCGGCAGCAGCCCACUGUACCACGGAUCAUGGCACGCCGCCAGCACCAAAACCUAACUGUCGGCCUGGUGUUGCCAUACAAGUCAUUCGACACGCGAAUUUAUACCAAGGCAUUCACAUCAGCCAUAAGUGGGUUGCAGCGUAACUUCAAGUCAAGGAAGACAAACAUAUUCAAGAACUUUGAAAUCCAUCACACUAUUGACAUGAAACAGCUGACGCCCACGCCUACAGCUAUAUUGGAUUCCUUGUGCAAAGAGUUUCUCAACAUGAAUGUGUCUGCAAUUUUAUACUUGAUGAACUACGAAAAAUACGGUCGAAGUACAGCAUCAGCGCAGUAUUUUUUACAACUAGCCGGAUACUUGGGAAUUCCAGUAAUAGCAUGGAACGCUGACAACUCGGGACUGGAACGGAGAGCUUCGCGAUCCAGUUUACAACUUCAAUUGGCACCGUCGUUAGAACAUCAGACAGCUGCAAUGUUAAGUAUAUUGGAAAGGUAUAAGUGGCAUCAGUUUUCAGUUGUAACUUCACAAAUUGCGGGACAUGACGAUUUCAUUCAAGCAGUCAGAGAACGAGUUGCAGAUAUGCAAGACAAAUUUAAAUUUACAAUACUGAGUUCAGUAUUGGUUACCAAAAACUCAGACCUAAAACAGUUGGUUACAUCAGAAUCACGAGUAAUGUUGCUGUACUGUACAAGGGAAGAAGCACUUAGAAUAUUACAGGCAGCAAGAAAUUUAGAUAUCACAGGUGAAAAUUAUGUUUGGGUAGUAACUCAGAGUGUGAUGGAAAAUUUACAAGCACCACAAUUGUUUCCUGUUGGAAUGUUGGGGGUGCACUUUGAUACCAGCAGUGAAAGUUUAGUAAGAGAGAUCACAACAGCCAUAAGAGUAUUUGCACAUGGUGUAGAAGAUUUUGUUAACGAUCCCAAUAAUAUAAAUGAAACUCUUACAACACAAUUAUCAUGUGAAGGUGAAGGUGAAUCACGUUGGGUCACCGGUGAAAAAUUUUACAAGUAUUUAAGAAAUGUUAGUGUCGAACAUACAGAACCAGCCAAACCAAAAGUCGAGUUCACAGCUGAUGGUGUUCUAAAAUCUGCAGAAUUGAAAAUUAUGAAUUUAAGACCUGGAGUAGGAAACUCCCUUGUUUGGGAAGAGAUCGGAGUUUGGAAAUCGUGGGAGCGUGAAGGCCUUUAUAUCAAAGAUAUCGUAUGGCCAGGAGAUAGUCACACCCCACCUCAAGGAGUGCCAGAAAAGUUUAACUUAAGAAUUACAUUUUUGGAAGAAGCUCCUUACAUUACACUCGCACCACCAGACCCAAUAACUGGAAAAUGUAGUAUGAAUAGGGGUGUAAUAUGCCGGAUUACUAAAGAAAAAGAUACGAAAGGGUUAGAUGAUACUGCAGCCAAACGUAAUAGUAGUCAUUACCAAUGCUGUUCAGGAUUUUGUAUCGAUUUGUUAGAAAAAUUUGCUGAAGAUUUAGGAUUUACAUACGAACUUGUUAGGGUUGAAGAUGGUAAAUGGGGAACCUUUGAGAAUGGAAAAUGGAAUGGUUUAAUAUCAGAAUUAGUAAACAGAAAUACUGACAUGGUGAUGACUUCAUUAAUGAUAAAUUCAGACCGAGAAUCAGUAGUCGAUUUCAGCCUACCGUUUAUGGAGACUGGCAUAUCUAUAGCUGUCACCAAACGAACUGGUAUCAUUUCACCUACAGCAUUUUUGGAACCAUUUGACACUGCGUCGUGGAUGUUGGUAGGAGUAGUUGCAAUACAAGCGGCCACUUUUUCAAUAUUUGCUUUCGAGUGGAUGAGUCCAUCUGGCUUUGAUAUGAAAUCCGUUUCACAAGCUCCAAAUCACAGAUUUUCACUAUUCAGAACAUACUGGCUUAUAUGGGCAGUUCUUUUUCAAGCAGCAGUACAAGUGGAUAUACCAAAGGGUAUAACAUCUAGGUUCAUGACAAAUAUAUGGGCUAUGUUUGCUGUAGUUUUUUUGGCUAUAUAUACUGCUAAUUUAGCUGCGUUCAUGAUUACCCGAGAAGAAUAUUAUGAUUUUAUUGGAAUUGAUGAUUAUAGGCUCAGCAAACCUCAUAGCCACAAGCCUAUGUUUAAAUUUGGUACAGUGCCUCAUUCUCAUAUUGAUUCCACAAUUCAUAAAUACUUUCCAGAAAUGUUCAGUUACAUGAAAAAUUAUAAUAGAUCUACUGUACAAGAAGGGCUUAACUCGUUAUUAACUGCAGAACUUGAUGCUUUUAUCUAUGAUGGUACUGUACUUGACUAUUUGGUAACACAAGAUGAUGAUUGCCGUUUGUUGACCGUCGGUUCAUGGUAUGCAAAAACCGGUUACGCUAUAGCCUUCCAAAGAAAUUCAAAAUAUGUUCAAAUGUUUAAUAAACGACUUCUAGAUUUCCGUGAAAAUGGUGAUCUUGAAAGAUUACAAAGAUUUUGGAUGACAGGCACGUGCAAACCAGAUGAUCACGAUCAAAAUGCUACUAGUGAUCCCUUAGCCUUAGAACAGUUCUUGUCAGCAUUUUUAUUAUUAAUGGGUGGUACAUUAUUGGCAGCUCUAAUAUUACUACUAGAAUGUCUAUAUUUUAACUUCUUCAGAAAAAAGUUAGCAAAAACUGAUCAAGGUGGAUGUUGUGCUCUCAUAAGUUUGAGCAUGGGUAAAUCGUUAACAUUUCGUGGUGCUGUGUAUGAAGCUCAAGACAUUCUAAAAUUUCGUCGUUGCAAAGAUGCUGUUUGUGAUUCACAAUACCAGUUACUCAGAAAUCAGCUAAUGAGCACUUAUUCAAAAAUGAAACAGUUGGAAAAGGAGCUAGAGUUAAGGAAACUGAAGUCUGAAAAAAGGAGGAAGAAAGCGAUGUCACCUUCCGCUAGGCUAUUUCAGUGUAUCACUGAAAACCACGAUAAAUACCCGGAUAAAAAACAAUAUCAAUUUUCACCAGCAUCGCCACUAAGACAACGGGACAUAGUGAGACCAAGUAUUAUUUCAACAGAAUACACAAAUAGAUAUGAUCAUGAACCAGUCAGAAAUCGCCGAAAUGGAGACAGUACUGUGAUUUUGUUCGACGUAUAAUUUCAUCCACAAAAUAUCUAAUUUAAAUAAUAGAUUUAAAAUCAAUAUUGUGAAAUUAAAAUAAGUUAUAUUUAAGUUUUAAUGUAAGUAUUAAUAAUGCUAUUAUUAUUUUGCGUCGCUGUCAAAAGCGUACGGAGAGAAAUAGAUACUGAAACUUUUCAAUGAAAAAAAGCUCAAUAUCGAAGAAAAUAAAUAGAAAUAAUAUUAUUUUUUAACCGUUUUUAAAA